AUGGCGCUGAGUGCCCGAGCCGAACUGGCCAAGUACUUUUUGGCAGAACUGCUUUCAGAGCCAAGUCAGACAGAAAAUGAAGCCCUGGAGUCUGAGGACUUGUCCCGAGGGGCUGAGCAGGAUGAAGUGAGACUGGAGCUGGAGCGCUCGGCUAACUCAAACCCCGCUCUGGCACCCCGGGAACGCAAAGCAGGCUGCAAGAACUUCUUCUGGAAAACUUUCACAUCCUGUUAGCUUUUGAAACCCACCUCUCCUCCCCAUCCAUCCCUGCCCUGCCCUGAGCAGAACCUUCACCACAAGAGGCGAAGACUGUAAAUACACAAUCCACAGUUAUGGUGAAAUUAAACAAACAAGGAAAAUUUGAGUUUGAUUUCCACUUGUUUUAAUAAAACUUUCUGUUCCAAUUGUACAUGAUUUGCUUGAGUUGUGAUUUCUGACUAGUUCUUUGAUGACAUGCACUCUGCAACUCUUUCAAAUGUACUAUUUUUAAUUCUCUGUUGCAAUAAAAUUUAUGUUUCAAACGGUGA